AUGGCUCAAGAGAAUGCAACAAGCGAUGCAGCGGACGUCUUCUACGUGGGAGGAAAAUAUGUUAAAGACUCACGCGGCACGCGCAUGACAGGCCAGAUGUGUGUGCGUCGAUAUGGGAAGAAAGUGCCUCAGCAACCGGCUGUGAUCUACAUUCAUGGUGCCGCCCAGACCGGCACACACUGGGAAUCGACACCCGACAAUCGGCCUGGCAUUGCUAUACUUCAAGCUCAAGCCGGGUGGGAAUGUUUUGUCAUUGACCAGCCGGGCAUCGGGCGCUCUCGGUAUCACUCCGACGACAUUGGAGAGUUAAGUCAAUUCACAGUUGAGGAGCUUCAAGGAACCUUCACAGCUCCCGAGACGGAUGCAUGGCCGCAAGCGAAGUUUCAUAUGCAGUGGCCUGGGUCUGGCAAGAUGGGCGACCCCACGUUUGAUGCUUUCUAUGCCAGCCAGGUUGGACAUAUCGGCGAUUAUGGGAAGGUGGAACGACUCUUCCGAGCUAAUGUCAAGGCCUUAUUGUCGCGCACAGGACCAGCGUUCGUGGUAGCGCAUUCUCAAGGAGGCUUGUUGGGAUGGCAUACUGCUGACGAAUGUCCAGACCUAGUAAGAGGGAUUGUUGGCUUGGAGCCGAAUGGUCCACCAUUCAUUUUUCCUGGUUAUCCUGCCUACUAUGUUAAGACACAUCCCAUCGGGAAAAUUGUUCGCCCAUUUGGCAUCACAUAUAGUCCGUUAACAUACGAUCCGCCUCUCCCGCCAGACGCGACAUCAUUGCCAAUGACAGAGAUUCAAGCGGAGAAACAGGUCGAGGGAAGAGUGCAUGGGAUGUACAAGAUGUCACCAUUACGCACGUUACCGAACCUGGCCUCGAUGCCUGUUAUUUUGUUGACUGGAGAAGCCUCGUACCAUGCACCGUACGAUCACCUCACAGUCGAAUUUCUCCGCACUGCUGGAGUUCAAGUUGAGCAUAUCCGACUAGAAGAUCAUGGUAUUCGUGGUAACGGACAUAUGCUGGGGUCUGAGAAAAACAAUCAUGAGAUACAGGCGCUUAUCAAUACGUGGCUGAUGAAAUGGGUUAAGUAG